UUAAUCUUGUAAUUCCCAAUUAAUUCCUCUAAAAUCAUAUACUAAUGGUAAAAACCAGCUCCUCCGAAUUGAUGAAGGCUGUCUGGAGCGAAGAUGGAGAAGCAAAAAUCAAGAGAUCAGGUGAGAGAAGAAGUGGGAAGAAAUGCAGAGAUAGAUGCAGGAGCAGUGCUAGGAAGCCUGAUCCAAAUCUCACUAGCUUCACCCCUCAAGAGGAGGAUCUAAUCAUCCAGCUGCAUUCCGUGCUCGGAAGCAGGUUCGACGAAAAAUGAAAUAAAAUACGAGACCGAAAGAUCGAAUUGCAUGCCAAAUAGUUAUACCAAGAGUCUGGCUCAUGAGAUAGAUUAAUUAAUUCGGACUAUAUAUACUAAUUCUAUUGGGCCAAAAGAUUAUUUAUUUUGGACUAUAAUACUAAUUCUAUUGGGUCAAACUAGUACAGUAGUUAGCAACCUGCCUGAUACUGUAGAAAAAAAAUCCCAUAAAAUAAUGCUCCUUUGGUCCAGCAAUAAACUUUUCAUUUGCAA